UCAUUAUAAACAUUAAUAAAAUUCAUUUUAUAUACUUUUAUUUUUAAGCAUCUAAUUAUUUAGUAUUAGUUACCAAUUCUUAUCUAUAAAUUAUUUUGUGUGAAAUAAUUCUUCUAAUUGCUUUUUCAUGACUAAUUUAUUUGGAAUUGAGAAUUUCCAUUUUUUUCAUCUAUUUUAUUAUAACCGGCAUAACCGACACGAAUACUAAUUAUACCACGGUCGACCAUUUCACUUGUAAAACCGACACACCGACAUAAACCGGUUUGACAACCUUACGAUCACCAUGUUUGAAGUAGGGCUGGGAAACAGUCCGGUUCGGUUUAAACCGGACCGGAUUGACCCGGUUUUUUACAACCGGAUUGGUCAUAACCGUAGACGAGAUUGGAUUGGUACACGGUUUUAACCGUGACCGGACCGGAUUGAUCCGGUUUCAACCCAAAAACCGGAUCUCCUUCAUUCAAUCCCAAAACUCAGCAGUUUUUACAUUAAAAAAAAAUACAGCUGUUUCAAUAACAAAAAGCCUUCUCCUACCAACCACACGUACAAUCCCUAAUCUAUUCCUACUUCCCAAAAAAUCCACCCUAUCCUUCUUUUAAUCUGCCUUGGCGAUUCUUCUUCGCCCUCUUCCUCUCCCUCUCCCUCUUCUGGAUCAAACAAAACACAAUAAAAGCAUCGCCUUCUUCUCACUACUCUGGCUCGACAUACCGAUGAGCUCGAUUGAAGUUAGAGAGGCGAGAAGAGUUGGAUCUGGAGAAUCGAUUGAAGUCGCAAGAGCCGGGAAGGGGAGAUCGAGCGAGAGAGGGAGCAUGCGAACUCUGUAUAGGAGAGGCAUGUCGUCGCGGCCGUUGCAUGUCGAUCGAUCGGAUCUCCUCGUCGUCACGGCCGUCGCAUGCCGAUCGAUCAGAUCUUCUAGCCCUCGUCGUCGCUGCCUGCCGAGUUCUGGUGCCGAUCGAUCAGAUCUUCUAGCCCUCGUCGUCGCUGCCUGCCGAGUUCUGGUGCCGAUCGAUCAGAUCUUCUAGCCCUCGUCUUCUAGCCCUCGAUCGAUUUGAUUUUCUUUCUCCUUCUCCUCCUCUUCGUGUGUGUGGUCUGUGUCUCUGUGAUUGGGAAUAAGAGAAGUUUGAGGGU